AUGCGCUUCGCGCGCCGCAGCGAGUGGCAAGAACAAGGAAGCCUGGCUGGACCUCUUCGCCGAGGACGGCUGGGGCAAGGCUAUCACGGCCGCGAAGCGAUCUCCAAGUUCUACGACAUGACGAUCGCGAUCGCGGACAAGCUCGGAGCUUCUGAUCGACGAUUCACUGGGCGUGCGGCAACAGUUCCCGGUCACCGACCGGGGCCGCUCUCGUCGUAUUCGAAUCAGCCUGUCGUACUUGGCACCGAGAACCCUGAAAUGGUUUCCGGCUGCCAACGUCGCGUGUCGCAUGACGGACUGCGUCAGGCAUGGAGGCGUCGUACCGUGCAAGGGGUCACUCGGCGACCAUUUCUGUUCAACCACACCAUCAUCGCCGCAAAAGACCGACAAGAGUCUGCGUGGUUCUUCACUCACAUGUUCGGUCUGCCAGGCCCGGUCGAGGCCGGCUACUUUCUCGGCGUCGAACUCGAAAGCAUCGGGCACUACGCUUUCCUCGUCUCCGAAGAUGACUUCGACGGCAUCUACCAGCGGAUACAGGCGUUGAAACUUGAUCACUGGGCCAGAUCCGCGCCAGUCGAGUACCGGCUUCCAACACCAACGACGGUGGGCGUGGGGUCUACUUCCUCGACCCGUCGGGACAUUUCCCGGAAGCGCGAUCAUCACGCUUCAUACGGCGGC